AUGUCCACCUCCUCCCGAUCGUUGGUGAGGUCCUCCAGCGGGCGAUUCGCUCGCCAUGGUAAACGAUCCGCAAUCGCGACCGGCGACGACGCACAAGAAACGUCCGCAGAGCGACCAGCGAAACGCAUCAAAACGUCUUACGAACCAACGCACAGCACGCUGCAUGCCUACUUCACCACCAAAGAGAAUCACCAGCCUCCUCUGCCGAAACCAAGUUUACCGGGCCAAAAUGUGACGGCUAUACGCGCCCGCGGCACUUCCGGCAGCAGCUCCUCCGCUGGCGAGAACACCCGGAUCAAACCGCCCACCAGAAUCACUGUCACACAACCUCAUGGAGAGCUCCUACAAACAACAAACGGCGUUCGGACCUUGCUCAAAACGCGCGAAGAUGACGUUUCGCCGCCUGCAACUCCGAAUACUGGAAAGCUAUGUGUCAACAGAAAUCGCAGCAGCGCAGCAACGACAAAAGGGGAGACACCGAGUACGGACAAGCGAAUGCUGAGGAGUCAAGAUGGAGGGUCGAGGAUCAAGAGCGACCUGGCAAUAUACUUUCCAAACUACGAUGAUGUUAUCACUGGUGCGCCGCAGGAGCCUGAAUACCUUAACAUCGACACACCCAUCUACGUUGUGGAUGAGCCAUCCAAGUCUCCCAAACCCCAGACUUCAGCCUCUAUACCGCCCAAAGCACCCCUAAGUCCCGAACGACUACGCCCAUCACUGCGGGCACCACCCACUCCAUCAAAACCCUCUGCAUCCGCGCACCCCACUUCCUUCCCUAAGCUCGACUUCUCCUCCAUCAACAAGCACACCUCGCCCGUCACCUCCGACACCGACCCUCUCUCCGACGCACACUAUUUUAAAGCGCAUCGCCGCGCCGAGCGCAAAGAGAAACAACUGCGCAACAUCGAGAAGGAGCGCGCCAUGCACGAGAAAGUGCAGCUGGAACGCCUACUCGAUGGACUGCUGGGCCACGACUGGCUGCGCGUGAUGGGCGUCACCGGCGUCACAGAUGGUGAGCGCAAGGACUGGGAGCCGAAGCGCGCUUACUUCGUCGAUGAGGUGCGCGCGCUCGUUGAUAAGUUCCGGCAAUGGAAGGAGGAGGAGAAGCGCGUGCGGAUGGAGAAGGACAGGGCAAGGGAAGAAACCGAGGAUCGAGCGACUGAAGAAGCAGAAGAGGACGCCGCAAGCAACGGCCCACCCUCUAGCGAUGUCGAUGCCUGGGCUGCACGACAGCUGCAUCAGGAAGCGGCAUCUCAGCAGAGACCUUCGUCAAGACCGCAAAGGCACAGCAUACAGCUGCAUCCUCCCCUGCCGCCGGAACCGGAAAAGCCGUUCGCGUCUUUCUACAGCAAGCCGUAUCUACGAGACGCAGCGCUGGGGAAACAUAGACAUGGGAGGAGUACUAUGGCGUUCGGACAGCCAGUGCCGGAGCUAGCCCCCAGGCAGUUUCGCUUGCCGGAGGAGUAUCUUGCGCCGGAUGCGUUGAGGGCGCAUGCCAGGAAGAGGAGGCGGUUGCGAAGGGAGAGCGGAAGGGACUGA